AAUACGGCGUCGGCGUCUGUCCUGUCAGUUUACAUAGUUAUCUAUUGUGUCGUGUUGUGACAAAUGUUUUGACUGAAAAGUGUUUAAUAUUUCUAUUCGUGUUUAUAUAGCCUAAAUGUACAAUUUAAUCUUGAAGGCUUACUAAGAAUUAUGUUUUUGUUGACAUUUCUACCGGCUGCUUUAUGUAACUUUAUGUAAGUGGACAAGGCUCAUAGGCCUAGUUGGUAUAAACUCCUACAUUAUUUUCUUCUGAUUUCAAGACUUUCAUAGUACCAUCUUUGUUGCAUUUAAUAUCCUAAAAAUGAGUGGAGGAGGUAUGCUUUACGGAGGGGAUGAAAUCGGCGCAAUAGUGUUUGACAUAGGACAUCAUUCAUUGCGAGUAGGUUAUGCUCAAGAAGAUUCACCAAAAUAUGAGAUUCCUGCAAUGGUAGGUGUUUGUGAAGAUGCAAAUGGCAAUGCAGCAACAAUCACGGAGGGAAUGGAUCUGGACAAAAAGGCUGAUUCAAAUAUCACAUCCAACACCAAAUAUUACGUUGAUACCACCGUUUUGAAUGUUCCAAGGAAAGGCAUGGAAGUCACUAGUUAUAUGAAGGAUGGGGUUAUUGAUGAUUGGGACUUGUUUGAAAAAGUCCUUGAUUAUACGUAUGCAAAAUGCAUUCAGUCUGAAUCAGAAUACCACCCUGUCCUUAUGUCUGAAUCUCCUUGGAAUCCCAGAAACAAAAGAGAAAAGUUGACUGAAAUAAUGUUUGAAAAGUACAAUGUUCCUGCUUUUUUCCUUGUUAAAAAUGCAGUUUUAGCAGCAUUUGCGAAUGGAAGGUCUACUGGAUUAGUGGUUGACAGUGGUGCAACACAUACCUCUGCUGUUCCUGUACAAGACGGGUUUGUCCUAACUCAAGCAAUUGUUAAGUCACCGCUUGGAGGAGACUACAUUUCUAUGCAGUGUAAACAGUACCUUCAGGAUAGUAACAUUGAAGUUGUCCCAACAUACAUGAUAGGCGGAAAAGAACCUGUAAAUGAAAAAGAAAAAGCAAACUGGACGAAGAAAAAGAACCUUCCUGAAGUUACAACAUCUUGGCACAAUUAUAUGAUGAAAAAAGUCAUUCAAGAUUUUCAUAACUGUGUUCUUCAAGUGUCUGAGGCACCCUACGAUGAAAAUAAUGUAGCAUCCAUGCCUGCAGUUCACUAUGAGUUUCCCCAUGGCUAUCAUCAAGAAUUUGGUGUUGAACGAUUCAGGAUUCCUGAAGCUAUGUUUGACCCGAGUGUCGCACCAAUUCGAGGAGGAGUUGUUGGCAAUACGAUGCUUGGUGUUGGUCAUAUUGUCACAACAAGUGUCGGAAUGUGUGACCCUGAUGUUCGGCCUGCUCUAUACGGAAGUGUGGUUGUCACUGGAGGGAACUCUUUCAUGCAGGGAUUUCCAGAGCGACUCAAUAGAGACUUGUCAAUGCGUAUUCCUUCCAGCAUGAGACUAAAACUGAUUUCGGCAAAUGGAUCUGCUGAGAGGAGGUUCGGAUCUUGGAUUGGAGGUUCAAUAUUGGCAUCCAUUGGGUCAUUUCAACAGAUGUGGAUCAGCAGUCAAGAGUACGAAGAAGCUGGGAAAGGUCAGAUUGACAGAAAAUGUCCGUAAAGCUCUUUUGUAGAUACAUAUUAUUUUUUAUUUAAAAGAAAUCAAUUGCAAUGUACGGUAGCAUAUUUAAUAAGUGUCAUAAAUCAACCAAUAAGUUGAUUGAAUGUUUUUAUAACAACAUCAACGUUUAAAACCUAAAACAUUUUACCCAGAUUUUUAUUUUUUUUUAAGGUAGGCUAAUCAGUCAAUUUAAAGUUAUGUACCUAAGUAAUGUAUUGUUUUGUGUUGUGAUGUUUUUAUAGGCUAUUGUAUUUUUAUCGUUUAAAAGAAACUUAAAUCAGUAAGAUACUGUAUAUGUUGAUUUUAUGAUAUGAUGUGUAAAAUGGUCCCUGUUUUUAAUGUGAAAUUUAAUUAACCAACUGGCUUAAUCAUUAAAUAAACCUGAUGAAUAUC